GGUAAUGAAAUUCCAAUUUUAUCCUUUUUGUUUUUUUUUUUUGGGUCAAACGCGCGCCGGCAAGUCAGUACUUUAGCCAGAGAGUGUUUCCUCACCGGCUUAGUCAAACCCUAAACCCCUAAAUCGUUUGAGGCGGAUCGAUGGAGGGAGUAGAGAAGUUUUUCAGCAAGAUGGUGACAGAUGCGAAAUCGGCAGCUUCUUCAUCCUCCUCUUCUCUUUCUGAUUUCGCUGAUAAUCUAAUCCAGGAGAAACGAGCCGGCGGCGGCGGAAACUCGACUUCAUACGAAAGUUCUGGAAUUUUGGUCACAAGACCUCCCAGUGGAGUAUCGGCGUGGACGUGUUCGAAGCUGUGCGCGGUUUUCUUCGUAGCUGGAGUGUUUGUGGGUUAUACGCUUAAGAGACGUGUCCGAAGCUGGGCUUCUAAACUUCUCAGAAAAAUCAGAGAUGAUUGAUUAAACUCCAUACCCUCUCUCUCUCUUCUCCUUCUUGAAUGCGUUUUAGUACCCGAUUUACUCUUGUGCUCAAGGCACUCUUUUCUUUCUUGUUUAAUAUUCUCAUCCUCUUGUCACAGUUUGUGGACCGUAAUGGAUAUAGUGAUUGGGAUCGUCACCUCUUGAAAGACACUUAUUUGUAACAAAUAGUUUAACUUGAGUUAACUAUUGAUGCAGCAAA